GAACAGCCUUGAGUUUGGUUGCUUCGUUUGGGAUCACUGUGAUUGCGAAGCUGCAAGAAAUUUCCAUGGCCAAGUAUAACUUGUCACCAGCCGAAAUUAUUUCGCAUUCCGCACUUUUUUCUGCGUUUGCCAUUCUCAUCGGGUUGGUCAUCAGUGGGAAGCUGCUGACUUCCCUGGACAUCCUCGCUUUCCAGGGUUCUAGCAGGACGUCCCCAGAAGACCCAACGGUGUUAGCCCAUGACGCAGUGAUCCCAGAUAAAGAGUCACGACCCCAGAGUGCCCCAGCGUUAAAGCAACUGGACACGGUCUUCCUUGCACCACCUCCUGCAGCAGAGAUGGAACAUGGAAGACAGUUUGAUGCGGAGGCAGCUCACAUGUCCUUCGUUGAAGCAAGCAAAACGAACUCCUUGCGCAGGGAAGCUGGCGACCCUGUUCCCUGUCUUGAGUCUGCGACAUGGGGUAACUCCGAAGAAGAGGCGACGCAUCCGCCUAAAGCCGUUCACCAUCCGCCGGCUCAACCGAGUCGGACAGUGGAUCACCGCCGUGUCUCCGGGAAGGAGUCGCCGUGCGAAGGUACAGGCAGUGUUCGUUGCUUCUUGCGUCAAUGGUCGAAUGACGAGCACGGAAACUUUCCUAAACCGCGAAUUGUUCGUGUGAACUGUGGACUGGUGAAGCUGCGGAGGGCGGACUCGUGCAAUGCCCGUUUCUUCGAUUUGUGUUACGAUAUUAUUUAUCCUGAUGACCGAAGGAAAGACCAGUGAAUUUUCACCCUUGUUGGGUGAUCAGGAAAAGUUACAUGCGACCACCGAUCCCGCGAAUAUUCAUGGUGAUGCAUCGUCUUACAAAGCCAUUAUCACAGAUGCCUCUCCGCCCAAUAAAGCCAGCAUAAGCGCGUGCUGUUGUUGCACUUCUUCCUGCAAGAGAUUCCUACAGCUCCUGCUUUCUUUAUUUCUAGGCUCCGUGAUUUUCGCCGUCGUCGUCUUCAUCUUGGUGUACUUCCGUGAUCAAAGCAACGCUCCGCCGUUCGAUCCAAAUGCGAACGGCACUGCCGCCAACCUCACUUACCCAGGAACUGAAAUCUGAAAAGAAAUGAGCUAUGGUCAGGCAUUUCAACUAUCUAUAAGAGCUUCAGCAGUGGAAUAAAAGACAUCUUAGUGCCAGCGCGACAAGAGAUCAAUUCUUUUUUCAAAAUCAAGCGCAGAUUUGAUUUUAUCUGUGAAAUUCGUUUGUGGAUAGCGCUCGGUUCAUAUUUAGUCUCGCGUCGCAAUAACUCUGUGAUUGAUCGGAGAACUGGCGAACCCGACCCGGUUUUAUUUUACCCUUCUUAAUUUUUUGGUCUGUGUUGAAUCAUUAAUUGUUUUUUGUUCGUUAUAUUCGCGUGUUGCGUGAGUGUUCGCUUUAUUUGAAUGUCCUACCGUUCGUGUUCCACGCAGUGAUACUUUCUCGCUUCAAUUUUCAGCAUUAUACAAUUAAUUUUUUGUCCCUUCGGAACACAAUGGCGGGUGCUUUUUCUUGGUUAUAUGUCCUAUAAUGACCUCGUGAUCGCAAAAUUUUAAAUUAAAUUUGAAGUGAUUGGAUCGAGGUCCAAAAGUUAACCGAGGCCACGGAAAGUUGCAAUUUGAGGAGAAAAAUCUUUCAUUCCUUUUCAGGAAUCUUGUAAAUAUUGAAGACUGAUUUUCGAGUAUGACUCGGAAAAGAUUUGGACUUCAUGUACCGAGAUCAAGAUUCGGGACGUUCUGCGAAAUGUUGUGUUUGAAUGGAACUAAUCCGCCGGGUUUGAUGGAGCUUCCGAAGUUUCACGAGGGGAUUGGUUUUUAAAAAUUGGCAUACAAUGUAUUGUUUACGUGAAAAUUGGCUUAACAUAUUUCUGAAAGACUUGUGUGUUGUAUGUGCGAAAGUUUGAGAAAGAACGAUUUCUGCUCCGAA